GCUGGCAGGACUUGCGCAGUGGAAAAUGCUGUCGAUUUCCAAGUGGCGCAGAUCACUAUGGAUUAUGUCAGCAAUUCCGAUCUCAGAAUCCAAACAAUAACUGAAUAACUUGUAUGUGUCAAAGUCAAGCUUGAAAUGAUCCCCCAUGCCCAAUAGAUGAGCGGUCGCGCCUAUCCUUUCCCGUACUCUCUGGUGGUCGGCAGUCGUCAGCCACCAGAGGCUACGUUACGUCUCAGCGCUGUAGAUCCGCUCACGGAACCCAUUGAACCGAUCAUUGCUGAGACCUGUAAACCACUCCUGGAAACCGAUCUCACAUCUUUCAAAAACAGUCAAAGUUACUUGGAACCUACUCAAGAGGUAGAAGGUCAACAUGAUGACAGCGAAAGACGUCCUGUUGUCCUGCAUGAAGGCAGAUCCAGUUCACCUGGAUCGGAGCUAGCGGCCAACCAAGGCCAUGAUUUAGGCCAACUGAGUGAGGAAGCGAUGAAUGACACUGAGCGUACUCCACAAAAGGAAGAGUUUCCAUUCCGUCUGCCUAAUCUAUUGGAGGCACAUCUACGAAGGCAGGCUUUACAAGAAGCGCAAAAGCAAAACCCGAGCCUACCUCACACUCGAAUAUUGUAUGCCAAUUUUUCCCGGGUACAAUAUAGAAAACCCAACAAGCCGCCAUCGCCAAAGCAAGACACUCCCAAUGAUGUUCAAUCUGAGCCGAUCAAGAUUGUUCGGGAAGCGAAAAGGCGCAGAGUAAAGCGCGUUGCGAAGUUGGCUCCCAUGCGUUUUACAGGUGGUGCCCCGAAGAAAGAAGCCGUGACUGUUCAGCCGAAGAGUGCAUAUCGCAGUGCAGAGUCCGAGGGUACAACUGGCAAAGUUCCAGCGAGACCAUCUUCUGUACAACUGGCGCAUCCCAAGUCUACCCACCAAGCAGCAGGAUCUUCGACUGUCGCCGAACCUCAAUCAGUUGCAGAACGCCGCCUGUCGGCCUCACCGCAUGCGUUCCGCGGAUUCGUAGCUAGUAACCCUACAGUCUCUAGGCGACCUUCUAUCAAUCCAACUGAAAUCACAAUGAUUACACAAGGACGCCGCACAUCAAAUGUCUUUGGGGUGGACAGCCAGUUUGGAACAGGUAAUCAAAAACAGGAACGGUCAAGGCGAACUAGUCUGUUCAGUUCUCCUAGUAGCGCUCGACGGCGUAUGUCGGUAGAUAGCUUUAGCGGAGCCUUCCGGCCGAGAUCUACCCGGAGAAGAAGAGGUGGUCCCUCAAAUACUCCAGCUCGCGAAGAGCAGCUCCUGGAAUGUGAUCAUAUUCUGUCAGCUUUCGAGGAAAAGUAUUUGUUUAUUCGACGAGAAGUGGUUGAGCGCGCCAUUCUGAGACCAGAAGAAAUCAUUCGCUUACCACCGACAAUGCCAGCAUAUGGGGACGCCAGUGAGAUAGUAGCAUCCUCGGUCGCGACCCGCUCGCAGGCGGCGAAUGUCGAGGAUAAUCGUGAUGACGAUAUCAUACAACGACCUCCUCGCCGACGAAGUUUACUUGUUAAACCAGCUGUGGUGUUACGAGAGUCCCUCUCGGACAUUGAUAUGUCUAGAUCAAACUCUCCGAAGGUGAACUCUUGGUGGUCACGAGCAGAAUUAAAAUUGCUACGAGCUCGAUUACGAGCAUUUAAGGACGGUCAUUAUCAAAAACCAGCCUUCGUGAAACAAGAAGAUGGUUCAGAUGGUGCGCCUUUUUCGCUCUCUUUCGCCAAUAGUCGAUAUUCGCUAGAUAGAACUGGCGUAACUUUCACUCCACCUCGAGCGCCAUCAUCCUUGAGAGCAAGAUCCGCCUUCACCCGACGUUUGCAAGCGAACGUCGGACGACCUUCCCAAGAACCGAUGACACAGAAUACUUAUGCCGCUCGUCGUCGAACAAUAUCAGUUUUUGAUGCGUAUGUUUUGCCAAUUGCAUCGCCUCAACGACCGCGAUCAGUGACAGGAUCGAUUCUUACGGAUGGAAGAAAUACACCCACAGCCGAACGUAGGAGUCCCAUCUCGGAGCUUCGAUCUAAAGGUCAACCGCUGUGGGGUAUCACUGUCAAGUUACACUAGUCGGUGGACCGCACACUCCAAUUUGGUAAUACAUUUAGAAAGGGGGAAAUCGAUAGUUGCUUCCAAAGGAGAUCCUGCCUUAGAUAGGGGCAGUCUAGUUGUGGUGUAUUGGCCUACAGGCAAAACAGUGGGUUGUCAUAUAGCUUCAGUAGCAUGAACCGAUAAAGCUGUAUUUUCAUGGUUUCAUUCAAUUCAUGAGAGACUCCAAUAUAACCGGAUACACACUGCAGCAAGC